GACAGAAAAGAUCUUUAUUUUGUGUUUGAAUUUGCCAGACAGACAGAGAGAAAAACCUCUUCUUUUUUAAAACAGAAAUACCCACCUGUGUCCCCUUCCCUCUGUUUCGCAGAGCCUUGGGGUUCCUGGCGUGAAAAAGAGCUAAAAUGUCUUACAGCGUGACUCUCAACGGACCUGGACCAUGGGGCUUCCGACUGCAAGGGGGCAAGGACUUCAACAUGCCUCUGACCAUCUCCAGAAUUACUCCUGGCAGCAAAGCAGCUCAGUCCCAGAUGAGCCAAGGGGACUUGGUGGUAGCGAUCGAUGGAGCCAACACAGAUAGCAUGACCCACCUAGAAGCUCAGAAUAAGAUAAAAUCGGCAAGCUACAACCUGUCUCUUUCUCUUCAAAAAUCGAAGCGCCCAAUUCCACUUCCAGCGACUUCUCCAAGAAUUGACUCUCCCAUGCCCGUGAUCCCUCAUCAAAAGGAUACUGUUCUGGAAGUUAAUGGCAACCGAGUGAGCUUCAGUCCUCUAACUAGCACAUCGCCUGGGCCCAUGAGUAGCGUUUUAGCAAGCAAUGGAGCAUGUUCAGGCUACCUCAGCAAACAAGAAACCAGCUUAACACAUAGCGCCUCCUCCUUAAAGACCACCACCGUUAGAUCUUCCAUGUCCUCUGUGGCUUCUGACCUCUCACCAGCAAAAAGUGACCUAGGGUCUAAAGCCAGCUCAGUGAUUACAGAUGGCAAUAGCCCCAAACAUGAGCUGAGCCCAACAAGGCAGUAUAACAACCCCAUUGGCCUUUACUCAGCAGACACUCUAAGGGAAAUGGCUGAGAUGCAUAAAUUAAGUCUCACACGAAGGGCUUCAGAAGGUGGACUUCUUAGAGGCACGGAGUACGUGGAGCGUUUCAACCCCAACGUCCUGAAGGAUUCUGCACUGUCCACGCACAAACCCAUCGAGGUGAAAGGGCCUGGUGGCAAGGCUACCAUCAUCCAUGCCCAGUAUAACACCCCCAUCAGCAUGUAUUCUCAGGAUGCCAUCAUGGAUGCCAUUGCUGGCCAGGCCCAGGCCCAGGGUGGUGAACUCGCCGGUUCCCUCCCCGUUAAAGAUCGUCAUGUAGACAGUGCUUCUCCAGUGUAUCAGGCUGUACUUAAAACUCAGAACAAGUCUGAAGAUGAGCUUGAGGACUGGAGUCGCCGUUCUUCCCACUUGCAGUCCAAGUCCUUCCGCAUCCUGGCUCAGAUGACAGGAACUGAGUACAUGCAAGAUCCAGACGAAGAUGCCCUGAGGAGAUCAAGGGAAAGGUUUGAAACGGAACGUAACAGCCCACGCUUUGCCAAAUUGCGCAACUGGCAUCACGGCCUAUCGGCGCAAAUCCUUAAUGUCAAAAGUUAAAAAUCCUAUGAAUAGUAAACCAAUGUGCAAGAAUUUUGUCCUCUAAUGAAUAUACGGCUCUUCUGAGGUAGCACCUAGGAGCACCCCAUGUAUUGAGGCGCUAAGGCGUAACACUUGGUGUUGUUUCUUUCCUGGAAGUUCUUGUCUUUGUUUUCUGUUGCUAGUCUGGUUUUUCUGCACCAUCCUGUAAACCUUCGGAAUUAUAAAAUGGAUUGGACUGGAUUUGGUUGGCCUUCACUGCACCAAGAGUAGCGUUAAAUUGCUGGCUAGCUUAGCUAUUGUACUGAUUAGCUUUUAAAUGAAUGUAGGAUGAAAUGGGAAGACUGACAGAUUCCUGCGAGUAAAAGCCAUAACUUCUAGAAAGUGUUCUUGCUGAUUAAAUAAAAUUGGGACUAGGAAGUUGGAAAGGAGAAUGUAUUGAGCCUUGGCCUUGGGGUUCGCCAAAUAUGUAGACCUCUUAGUUGGCAUAGGUCAGUUAUGUCAUUUUAGAUAAGACACUUGCUGUCCUGGGUUUAAUUUAUUCUUAUUUCUUGUAUGUGGCAUAUCUUUACAAGUCCAGGCUUUAACAUGUCGCCUUCAAAAGUUGAAACUUGCUAUGAGUAUAAUGUUUGGACGGAAGUAGCUCAGGAACUACGGAAGCAAAAGGCACGAGGUAGUACCUUGUCAAGUUGACCUAGAAAAAGUGAGAAUAUAUAAGAUAAUUUGUGCACUGAGGUUUUUUGUUGCUGUUUUUAAAGCAUGGCAUAACUUCUAGACAUAACUUUGCCUCUUAUGUAUUGCUGCUGCUUUGAAACCCACUUUUUCUGUACAUAGCAGUGUGGUUUACUUGAAAUAAAGAAUCUAAAAACA